AUUGACUGUAGUUUAGUUGCGAGCGUCUCGGUGUGUAUUGAAGACCAAGGACAUGGUCUGAAUGGCUUUCUUUACAUUCACUGGAGGAAGUUUUGGUUCACUGAACACCAGAACGAGGCAUGGCUGGGAAGCCUUUCCGGGCCACCUACAUCUGGACCAGCAUCAUAUCAAAUCUCCAUACUCGCGUGGAGGUCAAGCGUCGACGUCACAACCUGAAGUCUUACCAUGACUGUUUCUUGGGUUCAGAAGCAGUGGAUGUGGUGUUGGCACACAUCACCCUCAGCCGUUUCUUUGGCGAUGAAGCGGUGCCCCGCUACAAAGCUGUCAAACUUUGUCAGGCCCUCAUGGACUCGAGAGUAUUUGAGCCGGUGGGAAUUAAAGUAUUUGGGAAGGAAAAGAAGAAAACUACAUUUGAGGACAGCAGUUUCAGUUUGUACAGGUUCCUGAGUCCAGAAACCAAUUCAUCAUCGACGCUGACCGACACCAAUUCCCUUUCCACUACUACCAUUGAGAGCGGCUAUGACUCACCGAGCAUGAAAAGGAACAAGAAGAGCUAUAGUCCAUUACGGGAAAGACAAGACGUGCAAACAACAGACAAAUCACUUGAAGACGUGCUUGGAAAUCUCAACCUCUGCUCGACGAUUACCCCUCAGAUGAUCAACCUCGGCCUCUCGCAAGAGCUUGUAGAUGAAGUGUGGCACCAGCAGGCAGUCUUCAGAUUGUUACAGUUGAUAGAGCUCCCCCUGUUGGAGAACUUGUUAGAGGGUAAGGAGAUGUCAUCGAGGCCUGCCCUGCAUGGCAUGGACAGUGACCCGGACCUGUUGUAUACGUCAAGCUACCUGGACAGAGAGGUUCUGAAGGCCUUCAGUGAAGCACAGGCUGAUGAGUGGAUGUCAGGAGCAGUGGACUGUCUUGAGUUUCUGCCUGAUGAACUGGUAGUAGAGCUCAGUCGAGGUUUGGCUGGCUGUGCAGACGACCUGGUCCAGUGUAAAAGGCUUUUCUAUCAAGUCCUGGCUAAGCACUACGGACACACACAGCAGCCACCUCUGCUCAGCAACCACAUUUUUGAUAUCCACUCCGGCAUCUCUGAACUACUUGUGAACGGGAAGCGAGAGCAAGCUCUGGAAGCCUUGCAGCUGUGCCUGAAGCUGCAGGACUCUCGCAGCAGAGAGGAGCUGCGGCGGCUCCUGAGAUUCAUGUCAAUCGCAGCCAAUCCAGAGGAGGUCAAACUGCACAAAGAGAUUGAGAACAGAAUGGCGGUGAAAAGGUCUUUCUCGAGUGCCAUUGUCUACAGCAAAAGACUCUCCAAAGGAAAGGUGGACUUGAUGGUUCUUUUCAUGAUGGAUAACCACUGUGAUCUGUUCAAAAUUCCUGUCUCGCUGCACAAGAUGGUUAGCGACAGAAUAAUGAAUAUUGUGAAAGGGAAGGAUCCAGAUAUGUUAACAGGAUCAGCGUACUCCACAAGAGUAAGCACUGAGGUCUAUUCAGAAAAUGCACAAAAAACCACUAAAGAGGAGCUCGCGUCCUUGCUGCGGAGAGUCCACGAGAGCCCUAUAAUCUCUGUCAGAGAAAAGAGACGGCUGCUUGGACAGUUUUAUAAAGGUCAUCCAGAGAUUUUUGUUCAGUACUUUGGAAAUAAAUUGUCCAAUAUUAACAUGUUAUUACAGUAAUAUUUAUUAAUUUAAAAAAAGGUCAUGUAUUAUGUAAAAAUAUGUAGAUGGAAGAACAAAAAGUCAAUGCAAUCCUAAUGAUGUGAAACUGUCCAUUUCAGUGAGUGGAUUUAAUUUAAUUUUGUUUAAACUACUGAACAACAAUGUGAACUUUAUUGAGGAGAAUUCAUCUUCAAUAUUUAAGAACUUUGGACGUUUUCUUUUGGUGCAGGACACUAACAUGAAGUUUUUAAUGAGACUGUUACUUUCCAAGAAAGACCAAAUGAACCAAGUGUUCUUUAGUGAUUUUUUUUCCCACUUCUCGUUCUCGCUGCAGUUCAUCUUAGCGGCGUUGUGUCUGUAGCCAGCGAAGGCGAAAUCUGCUUGGCAUUUUUUUUUUUUUUUUUUAAUGUGAAUGUUCUUUGUGCUUGUGCAAUAGAAGCAGUGUUAGCAAUAAAAAAAAUAUUCUCGUAUACAAUGUGAUGUACAGUACAGCUAUGUGUGAGUAACUCUCAAACGGAAAUUUGAAACGGGAAAUUUGAAAGUCUGAUCUUGAGCCGUGGUAAACAAUAAGAGGCAUUCACAGGAAUCAACCCUCUGGGUUUUUGUGUUUGUCGCUGCAAAUCAACAAAACAGAUGUUUGUGCUCCUUUUUUUUUUAUUUUUACUGAAAACCUUAGCUGCACUCUAGUGGCAGCUUCAAUGCUUUUUAUGUAAGGCUUAUAAAACCCUUCACACGAGACAAGGAAGCUGACUUCUGUAUUUCUAAGUAAAAGCCAUAAAUAUCCUGUUUGUAUUUUGGAAGGUAUGUAAUGAUUAGAAGGAGCUAACAUUCAUAAUCAUACAUUUGUUUCAUUGUGACACACAAAAAGUCUUUUUAAAGUAAAAACAGGUUUAAGAAAUGUAAAAGAAUUUUCAUUCAGUUUGUUAGAGAAGAUAAUGAGCGAUUUCCAAGCUCUCAGGGUACUUUCUAUAUAUUUUUGAGUUUAAAACUAGAAAACAAAAUCAUAAAACUCUUAAAAUAUCUGUAAUAAAUAACUUGAUAGUACUAACAAAACUCUAAAUACCACCAGCUACUUUACUGUAUAUGCAUAAUUGGCAAAGACUGUAAUUUGUUUAAAAGAAAUUAAUUGCAGACACCCACAAAAUGAAAACAUUAAAUUUUCAUUAAGAAUUGUUGUGUUUUGUG